UGGGUGCUGCGUGACUGUGUUGGCUCUCAGCGGUAGUUCCCCUCCCUUUCCUAAAUUUAAUUUCAUUUUUCCCCCUUGGUGCAAGCUGUGUAAAAAGGCAGCUAUGGGCCUGGGUUAUAGCGGAUUCCAAGCUUCAGAUUCCCAAGGUCCUUCUUUUGGGCGAAGGAAUUAAAACAGAGCCCCAGUCCGCGUUCCCGAUGUGAAAGACCAGAGAGGGAAGAAGGGCACUGUGUGACUCUGGCUGGGGGACCCCGGACGGGAGGAGCGGGUGCGAAAGGGGGAUCUUUGUGAGUGAUUUUGCAAAAACAGAUUGCGAGGUUGGUUGGAUUUGCAACCUGUGGCUCUCCUCGAGGGAGUAGGAAUGGGGAAAAGCGGCGGCGGCGGCCCGGAGAGGGAGUGGGUUGGGAGUUGGAACCUAGGAAAUCGGCUGCCUGGGGGGCAGCGGGAGCUAGAGGCCAACCCUGCCGGAAACAGUGAACGUUAAAUGUCUUGAGAACUGUGGGUUGCGUUGCCUUUAUAAUACCGUGUUAUUGGAACCCUGGCGAAAAUGGAACUAGUGUUGCAAAAAGGAGUUUUAAAACUCUUCCAUGAAAAAAAAAAACCACCACCAAUCAACAUUUUUUUUUAAAAAAGAGUAAAAUAAAUAACCUCUGUGUUGUGCUCUUUCCCGUAGAGAGAGAUUUAGUUUUGGUGCUAGGGAUAGUGAGAAAUUACCUCAAACCCGGGGCUGGACUUCUGGAGCUGUUACAAGCCGUAGAGACAAGCAUCGCACCCCAACCCCCUAAAAAAGUGAUAUUUUCUUUGUCUUUUUUUUUUUUUUUUACAAACAUUGUACAGUUCCCAGGAGGAAAAUAUUGCUAUGCCAGUGGAUGCAUUACUAUCCCCCCCCCAAAAAAAAAGAAAGAAAAGAGAGGGGGAGGGGUAGGAGUAAGGGAUCCUCGGAGAGGGCUGUUUAGAAAUACAGUUUGUGGCUCUGAGCUAUGCCGCUGGCUUCCUCUGCAGUUCGCUGGUUUCCCUUUUUCUUUGCGAGGUGUUGUGUGUGGUUUUAAUAAAUAGCUUGAAAAUCGGGGAGGGGGCAGUCCGACCCACCCGGAGACAGGAAUCUGUUUCGCUCACUAUUUACUAUCAAGAGCCUUUGGCACUUGAGCAGGACCUCGUAAAUCUGCAGCCCAAGUUGAAGUUCAUCUGGCCCCAGUCCACACGCUGUUCCUGGAGGUAGCAAACAUGAGCUCAAAAGAGUGAGUUUUAAAGCAAAAUUUUGGACUGUGAAGCAAGGCAUUGGCGAAGACAAAAUGGCCUCACCGGCUGACAGCUGUAUCCAGUUCACCCGCCAUGCCAGUGAUGUUCUUCUUAACCUUAAUCGCCUCCGGAGUCGGGACAUCUUGACUGACGUUGUCAUUGUGGUUAGUCGUGAGCAGUUCAGAGCCCAUAAAACAGUUCUCAUGGCCUGCAGUGGCCUGUUCUAUAGCAUCUUCACUGACCAGUUGAAAUGCAACCUUAAUGUAAUCAAUCUGGAUCCUGAGAUCAACCCUGAGGGGUUUUGCAUCCUCUUAGACUUCAUGUACACAUCUAGGCUCAACCUACGGGAAGGCAACAUCAUGGCUGUGAUGGCUACCGCCAUGUACCUGCAGAUGGAGCAUGUAGUGGACACUUGCAGGAAGUUCAUCAAGGCCAGUGAAGCAGAAAUGGUCCCUGCACUUAAACCACCCAGAGAAGAGUUCCUGAACAGCCGGAUGCUGAUGCCCCAUGACAUCAUGGGCUAUAGAGGUCGUGAGGUUGUGGAGAACAACCUGCCACUGAGAAAUACUCCGGGUUGUGAGAGCAGAGCCUUUGCCCCUAGCCUGUACAGUGGCCUGUCGACACCACCAGCCUCAUAUCCUAUGUACAGCCAUCUCCCGCUCAGUAGCUUCCUUUUCGCUGAUGAGGAGCCACGAGAUGCCCAUGCCCGCAUGCCUGUGGCUAACCCCUUUCCCAAGGAACGGACCCUCUCCUGCGACAGUGCCAGGCCAGUCCCCAGUGAGUACAGCAGGCCAGCCAUGGAGGUGUCCCUCAGCUUGUGCCACAGCAACAUCUACUUGCCCAAAGAGGCGGUUCCAGAGGACACACGGAGUGACAUGCACUUCAGUGUGACUGAGGGCCCCAAGCCUGCUGCCCCUUCUGCCCGGAAUGCCCCAUACUUCCCCUGUGACAAGGCUAGCAAAGAGGAGAGACCGUCUUCAGAGGAUGAAAUCGCCCUGCAUUUCGAGCCCCCCAAUGCACCCUUGAACCGGAAGGGUCUGGUUAGUCCCCAGAGUCCCCAGAAAUCCGACUGCCAGCCCAACUCACCCACAGAAUCCUGCAGUAGCAAGAACGCCUGCAUCCUUCAGGCCUCUGGCUCCCCUCCAGCCAAGAGCCCCACUGACCCGAAAGCCUGCAACUGGAAGAAGUAUAAGUUCAUUGUGCUCAACAGCCUCAACCAGAAUGCCAAACCAGAGGGCUCGGAGCAGACAGAGCUGGGCCGCCUCUCCCCUCGCGCCUACCCUGUCCAGCCUGCCGGGCAGCCACCUCUGGAGCCUGAUAACCUUGGUCUCCAGAUCCCAACUAAGCUCAGUGCCAGUGGGGAGGACUCUACCAUCCCUCAAGCCAGCCGGCUCAAUAACAUCGUUAACAGGUCCCUGACAGGCUCUCCUAGAAGCAGCAGUGAGAGCCACUCGCCGCUUUAUAUGCACCCCCCAAAGUGCACAUCCUGUGACUCUCAGUCCCCACAGCAUACAGAGAUGUGCCUCCACACUGCUGGCCCCACGUUCCCAGAGGAAAUGGGAGAGACUCAGUCAGAGUACUCGGAUUCUAGCUGUGAGAAUGGGGCCUUCUUCUGCAAUGAAUGUGACUGUCGCUUCUCUGAAGAGGCCUCGCUCAAGAGGCACACACUGCAGACGCACAGCGAUAAACCGUACAAGUGUGACCGCUGCCAGGCCUCCUUCCGCUACAAAGGCAACCUUGCCAGCCACAAGACCGUCCACACGGGUGAGAAACCCUAUCGCUGUAACAUCUGUGGAGCGCAGUUCAAUAGGCCGGCCAACCUGAAGACCCACACUCGAAUUCACUCUGGAGAAAAGCCCUACAAAUGUGAAACCUGUGGGGCCAGAUUUGUGCAGGUGGCCCACCUUCGCGCCCAUGUGCUCAUCCAUACUGGAGAGAAGCCGUAUCCCUGUGAAAUCUGUGGCACCCGCUUCAGGCACCUUCAGACUCUAAAGAGCCACCUGCGCAUUCACACAGGAGAGAAACCUUACCAUUGUGAGAAGUGUAACCUACAUUUUCGUCACAAAAGCCAACUGCGACUUCACUUGCGCCAGAAGCACGGCGCCAUCACCAACACCAAGGUACAAUACCGCGUGUCGGCUGCUGACCUGCCUCCGGAGCUUCCCAAAGCCUGCUGA